CCCCGAUCUCGACUGCAUCGUAUGUCCAGCGCAGACGAGACCGCUCUCCGACACUGCUUGGUCCACGACUCGGCCAUAGGACUGCUGGCUCAGUUCGAGACCCUGUUGCAGGCGAUCCGGUUGUCUGCGAGCGAUGCGCUUGUCGCCAAAUCCAGCAUCAUCCCGCAUUCGACCAUCGGCAAGCAUCUCCGGCAUGUCCUCGAUCAUUUUACCCUGAUAUACAAGCAUAUGCCCACACCGGUCGGAAAGGACGUCCCUGCUGGCCGGUGGACCAUCGACUACGAUAGCCGGCAGCGGGAGAUCCUGACCGAGCAGAACAUCGAAGCUGCCGACUCGGCGAUUCGCUCUGUCAAGACGCUCAUCAGAUCGUGCCAGAUGCAGAUCGCAUUGACGACCCCUGUCGUUGUUCGAGCCCAAACCGGACCAGACAAACCGAGAUCCGAGCUCUUAUCGACGUAUGGCCGAGAGCUCUGGUUCGCGACAAACCAUGCAAUCCACCACGCAGCCCUCGUCCGAGUGCUCUGUUUCGAGCAGCACAUUCCGCUGCCGCCUACUUUCGGGGUUGCUCCGAGCACCCUCGACUACCUGGCAAAGCACACAGAAUAAAAACCAGACGAAGCACCCGGGCGCUCUUGUCCGGGGCGGUCACU